UAUAUUCACGGUAACCCAACUUACUGGAUAUUCCACCUAUAAAAAGGGGUCACUCACGCCUAAGGGACCCAAACCCCAAACACCUUUGAUAAUGGCGAAACGUUUCUCUCUCUCGGUGAUUCUCUUCUCUCUCCUCGCCGUUUACGUAGCGGCGGAGGCUCUUUCCGGCGACGAUGCUCUGAUCAGACAGGUUGUUGACGAUGUCGGCGAGAUUCGCCUCGGUGCCGAUCACCAUUUCUCGCUCUUCAAGAACAAAUUUGGAAAGUCUUACGCUUCUCAGGAGGAGCACGAUUACAGGUUCGAGGUUUUCAAGGCUAACCUACGCCGUGCUAGGCGUCACCAGAGGCUUGACCCCUCGGCUAACCAUGGCGUGACUCGUUUCUCUGACCUUACUCCGGCUGAGUUUCGUCGUACCUUUCUUGGACUCAGGAGCCGACUUAGACUCCCCUCUGAUGCGAAUAAGGCUCCGAUUCUUCCUACUGAAGAUCUUCCUGAGGAUUUUGAUUGGAGAGAUCGUGGUGCCGUUACUCCAGUCAAGAAUCAGGGUUCUUGCGGAUCAUGCUGGAGUUUCAGUACAACCGGUGCCUUGGAAGGUGCUAACUUCCUCGCCACGGGAGAGCUUGUUAGCCUUAGCGAGCAACAGCUUGUGGAUUGUGAUCACGAGUGUGAUCCAGAAGAGGCAGGGUCAUGUGACUCAGGGUGUAAUGGUGGGCUAAUGAACAGUGCUUUUGAGUACACACUCAAAGCCGGUGGACUAAUGAAAGAGAAAGACUAUCCCUACACAGGCACCGACCGCAGUACCUGCAAAUUUGACAAGAAGAAGAUUGCAGCAUCAGUUGCCAACUUCAGUGUUGUCUCACUAGACGAGGAACAAAUCGCUGCUAACUUGGUUAAGAAUGGUCCUCUUGCAGUGGCUAUCAAUGCUGUGUUCAUGCAAACAUACGUAGGUGGAGUUUCAUGCCCAUACAUAUGUUCAAAGAGACUUGAUCAUGGUGUUUUGUUGGUGGGUUAUGGUGCUUCUGCUUAUGCUCCUUCUAGGUUGAAAAACAAGCCAUAUUGGAUUAUAAAGAAUUCAUGGGGAGAGAAUUGGGGUGAGAAAGGGUUCUACAAAAUAUGCAGAGGCAGAAAUGUGUGUGGUGUGGAUUCUAUGGUUUCAACUGUUGCUGCUGUUCAUACUAACCAUUAAGAAAAGACCUUAUAUUUAUACAUUUAGGUCAGUCAUGGAUGAGGACCCAAUUGUCUGUAAAUAUCUUGUUUCAUUUAGAAAAAAGGCAAAUGCCAUGUAUUGUGAUUUUUCAGCUUUGUUUUUAUUAUGUUUUCUUCUUGUUUAAAAAGACCCGAAGAAAGAAGAGUCCUUUUCAUGUGUUUGAGCUUUAAAUGUAUUAUUAACAUAAAAAUGAUGUUGCUUUUACUCUCA